AUGUCUAGUAUAGUAUCUGAAUACGAUACAUCGGAUCUGCUGAACUCAUCAUUUUAUUCUUCUAACUCUACAAACGCUUUAGAACACUCCAGAACGUUUCGAAACUCCCUAAUACUGAAAGAGAUAUCUGAUAGGAGUAUAAAUGCAUCAUUGGGACAGCCAUACACAGCCAAGGAUAACGAAUGUGAAUCUGAAGAACAGAUACAGUCACAGAGAGCAUGGAAUCCAGAAACGAAAACUGUAAGUAUUGCAGCUUCACCUUCUCUGAGUGCUCUUGCUGAUAUAUUGAAUGAAAAAUCAAAAAAUGCAGAACAAAAGAUGAAGAUAACGCUUGCUACUGAUUCAAUAAUACAGGAGGAAGAAGAGAGCGAAAAUGAAGAAAAUCUAUUAGGCCAGAGUAAUGAUCUUUCAGCUAGUUUUCCAUACAGCCGUGGCCAGAGUGCCCCAAGCAUGGUAGCCUCACCUAAUUUGAUCGACUUGGAUGACUCAAAUAACUUCAAUUUUGUCCGUCAUGAUCCACAAAUAGAUCAGCCUGAUUACCUAACUACUCCCAAGGUUCAACAAGGGGCCACUGUAACUGCGCCAACAAAUUUCCAAUUACCUUCAGAGCUUCCAGAUAUAUCAGAAAGUGCAGCUGAAGAGGGUGACUCCUACGAGGAACUUCCUACAGCUAUAGAAAAUCAAGCAAAAAAUAAAGAUCCCGUAGAAGAAGCAAGCGUUCAUCAAGUUGAGUUUUUAGAAGAGAAACCAAAGUCGCAAUCCUUCCUAUUGCAUCAAACCCCAGCCUUUGUCAACCCUGGUAAAAUUGUUGAAAAUACUAUUACAACAUACGAGAAAAAUCCAUCUGUAAAGCCUAAUGUAGUUUCUACCUUAAAUGGAUCAGCAACUGAAAAUGAAAUUCCUAAGCCUUUCUCUGUGAAUCGUUCUAUCUCAAAUGACGAAAAGCAUUUGAAUCGAGACGAAGUUACAAAGAGGCCUAAUAUGAUUGAGAGGAGAACGGUGUCCACAACACCACUGUCAAGUAAAAAAGCUACAGUCUCAUCUAUUCAAGAUUCAGUAAAAUCCAGGAACACCCUGUCAAAGCAACCACCAAUACAGAAGAAGAAAAAGAGUAUAUUCUCUUUCUUAAAGAAAAAGAAGCACUCGGAUACGCCAACGGGUAAUAACAGUCCAUUGGCAACGUCAAACACAUAUUCACAACUUUCUCACUUAAACCCAUCAUCAGGUACAAAACCUGAAAAAUUAGCAAAAAAAUCGCAUAGCAGUAACAGUAUUUUUGAUACAUUUCGUCGAAGUAAAACUGAACCAACAUUGAACGUUCCUAAACAACGCGUGUCUCAACACCAACAAAAUCAUGACUCUGCUGCCAUUACGAAUAAGAGGAACAGUCAUGAUACAUCAGACUCAUCUGAACAACCAAUGAUGAAAAGAAACCCUACGCCUUUGAAUUUCAAUACGCUGCUAAAUUUAGAAGCUACACCAAGCUCGAUGGAUGGAAGCACUAACACUGUAGAUAUCGCAAUGGAAAAACUUUCUCCAACUUCGGUACACGAUGAACCAAGAAGAAGAGAUUCUGGUGAGGCAGUCUUUCCCAAAUCACUAGAUGAAGAUGAGAUAGAUUCAAUUCUGAAAAUAGAAAGAAAUAGAUCAAUAAGGUCUAAUACGAACAGACUUUCCAUAGAUACAUUAUCCAUUAAAGCGCAAAAUGAUGGUAUGGUUAUUGAAGAAGCUUCAGAUGUCAUAUUAUCUGCGCCUGAUCUAACAAAGAGUCCUACAAGUAGUAUCUUAAAAAGUGGUAGAUUUGAAUCAGUGGACACACUGAAUACUACUGCUCCGACAGAUAAUUUUGGAUCAAUCCAUGCUAAUGAUUUUUCUUUAGCUGAUGUUGAACAAGAACUUAACCAACUAACCUUAGAUUUUGAUGAUGAAGGCCCCUAUGUAAAUGAUGAUACUGUAAUUAAUCCUUUCAAAGGUUUAUCUGGAAGCGAAAAACAGGAGGAAAUUGUGGUAACGAAUAAUGAUACUGAUAAUAUUGGGUUUACAGAAGAUCGUGAAUUAAUUACAGAUAUAAUGGAAUUUGCCAAUAUCAUCGAUUUCGGCGAUGAAGUUAACUUUGACUUAGCCUUUGAUGAUGAACAGGAACAAGUAAAAAGCCCUGAUUUCAAGACAUUUAAUCCUGCUGUUAUGGAUAUAAAACCAAAUAAAAUUGCUCAAGAAGACCUACCAAGCCAAGAUAUGGAACUCCGAAAUGAAUAUAACGAUGCUGAUGUAUUGGAUGAGUACGAAGAUGACUGUAAUAAUGUAAAUCACAACGAUGAAGAUUUUGAAAAUGAAGAUUUCAAUAAUAUAGUGGAAGAAACUGAAGAAGAUCAACCAUCACAAAUGCCAUUUUUGCCAAGUACAAGUCCUGAUACUGGUAGACCAAUUUCGAUGUCUUUUCGUGGGUUAAAAGUCCCAGCUGCAGGAGAUGCGUCUGCAUAUUCACCUUCGAAUACAGAAAUAACAAGCAUUGAGAGCUACACAAGUGGUAUUCCUUACACUGAAAAGGUGACGCGGCCAACUGUUAGCUUUUCAGCCAAGAUUAUAUUAUAUGAUACAUACAGUGAAACUGAAUAUGACAGACAUCCAGAUAUCGGCACAUGUAAUCAAUUGACUCCACAACUGGCUCAAAUGAUCAAAGCCGAACUGAAUGAGUUAAAGGAAACUAUGGAAGUUCAUGAAGAUUCGACAUGUUAUACACAGUUUUUUUAA